GCCGCCGCUGCCUUACAGUGAAGGAGAAGGGCAGCGCUGGGAUAGGAUUGCUGGGACGGGGGCUGCCACUGGGCUGCCCAGACUUCCCGAAGGGUCAGCGGUCCCUAUCUCUGCAGCCAUGGCCCAGCCGGGAGGAGGAGGGCGGGAUGCAGCGAUAGCUGAUCAGCUUCCCUGGAUUUCGCUGACGCCACAGGAAAGCUUUGCCUGAAGAUGGAAACACUGGAGUCGGAACUGACCUGCCCUAUCUGUCUGGAGCUGUUUGAGGACCCGCUGCUGCUGCCCUGCGCUCACAGUCUCUGCUUCAACUGCGCGCACCGCAUCCUGGUCUCCCACUGCGCCUCCAACGAGCCGGUGGAGUCUAUCACCGCCUUCCAGUGCCCCACCUGCCGCUAUGUCAUCACCCUCAGCCAGCGUGGUCUAGAGGGGCUGAAGCGCAACGUCACCCUGCAGAACAUCAUCGACCGCUUUCAGAAAGCCUCGGUGAGUGGGCCCAACUCCCCCAGUGAGACCCGUCGGGAGCGGGCAUUCGACAGCAACAGCAUGUCCUCCUGCGAGAAGGUCCUCUGCCAGUUCUGUGACCAGGACCCUGCCCAGGAGGCAGUGAAGACAUGCGUGACUUGCGAGGUCUCCUACUGCGAGGAAUGCCUGAAAGCCACGCACCCCAACAAGAAGCCUUUCACCGGCCACCGGCUGAUUGAGCCCAUCCCGGACUCUCACAUCAGGGGAUUAAUGUGCUUGGAGCACGAGGAUGAGAAGGUGAACAUGUACUGCGUGACGGACGACCAACUGAUCUGUGCCCUGUGCAAGCUGGUCGGGCGGCACCGAGACCAUCAGGUGGCAGCUCUAAGCGAGCGCUACGACAAGCUGAAGGAACUAACCGCAUUCUGGAGUCCAGACCUUGCUGAGAAUUCAGGAGCUGUGACAGUAUCACUCUGUAGUACAGUGGUAGGCCAGCAAAAUUUGGAGAGUAACCUCACCAACCUUAUUAAGAGGAAUACUGAACUGGAAACUCUUCUGGCAAAACUCAUUCAGACCUGUCAACAUGUAGAAGUGAACGCAUCUCGCCAAGAAACGAAGCUGAUGGAAGAAUGUGACCAGCUUAUUGAAAUAAUACAACAGAGACGACAAAUAAUUGGAACCAAAAUCAAGGAAGGAAAGGUGGUGAGGUUGAGAAAACUGGCUCAGCAGAUUGCAAACUGCAAACAGUGCAUUGAGCGCUCGACGUCCCUCAUCUCUCAGGCUGAGCAGUCGCUGAAGGAGAAUGAUCACGCUCGCUUCCUACAAACUGCUAAAAACAUCACCGAAAGGGUUUCCAUGGCAACUGCAUCCUCCCAGGUUCUAAUUCCUGAAAUUAAUCUCAACGAUACUUUUGAUACUUUCGCACUUGAUUUUACCAGGGAGAAGAAAUUGUUGGAAUGCCUUGAUUAUCUUACAGCUCCCAACCCUCCCACCAUUCGAGAAGAGCUCUGUACAGCUUCUUAUGAUACUAUUACUGUCCACUGGACAUCAGAUGAUGAGUUCAGCGUGGUCUCUUACGAGCUUCAGUACACUAUCUUCACUGGACAAGCUAACGUUGUCAGUUUAUGUAACUCAGCCGACAGCUGGAUGAUUGUUCCCAAUAUCAAACAAAACCACUACACCGUGCAUGGGUUACAGAGUGGCACAAAGUACAUCUUCAUUGUUAAAGCCAUUAAUCAGGCUGGCAGCAGAAGCAGUGAGCCAGGCAAGCUCAAGACAAACAGUCAGCCAUUUAAACUGGACCCCAAAUCUGCUCAUAGAAAACUGAAAGUGUCUCAUGACAACCUGACAGUGGAACGUGAUGAAACCUCCUCCAAAAAGAGUCAUACACCAGAGCGAUUCACGAGCCAAGGGAGCUAUGGAGUAGCUGGCAAUGUGUUCAUUGACAGCGGACGGCAUUACUGGGAAGUGGUUAUAAGUGGCAGUACGUGGUAUGCCAUCGGUAUUUCAUACAAGUCAGCACCAAAGCAUGAGUGGAUCGGGAAGAACUCUGCCUCUUGGGUGCUGUGCCGCUGCAACAACACUUGGGUGGUGAGACACAACAGCAAAGAAAUCCCAAUAGAGCCUGCACCUCAUCUCCGCCGGGUCGGCAUUUUGCUGGACUAUGACAAUGGUUCCCUUGCUUUUUAUGAUGCCUUGAACUCCCUGCACCUUUACACCUUUGACAUUACGUUUGGGCAGCCCGUAUGCCCCACAUUCACUGUGUGGAAUAAGUGUUUAACCAUUAUAACAGGCUUGCCCAUCCCUGAUCACUUAGACUCCUCUGAGCAGCUGGCAUGACUGUUAAAAGCUAACAAGUAGGAGGAUGUGUUUCCCAGGGCAGCUGCCUGCAGGAGCUCGCCUGGAGCUGGUGGACUGCGUGGCAUCUCAGUUGUUGCUGCCAAAACCAGCCAGAACCGAAAAGGGGUAGAUCUCUCUUUUCUGAGUACUAUAUGCAGAAGGACAAGAAUUUGCUUUAAUAAUACCUUAGAACUCUUUUUGCAGUUGCUUUUGUUUUGUUUUGCAUUUAGUCCCUUUCAGGAAGAUUUAUAAAUUAUUUAUAAAAAAAAAAAAAAAAAAGAAGAAGAA